AUGGCAUCAACACUAAGCAUCAGCUUCACAGAAAGCGUGGUUCAUAACAGCAUGUCACUUUUAGUCCUCGGCCUCGCAGGCAUCAUCUUAUCAAGCAUUGGCUGGGUCAUCUACAGCAUCUUCCUGCACCCACUUCGUUCUUAUCCCGGACCUUUACUCUGGCGCCUCUCCAAGAUUCCAUAUGACUACCACUCCUUCCACGGAACUCUACCGAGUACACUCAAGAAUCUGCAUCAAACAUAUGGCCCCGUCGUCCGCAUUGGACCAACCAGACUCAGCUACACGGAUGGACGAGUCUGGAAAGAAGUCUGGGCUGCCCGCAACCCCGAAUGGCCCAAAGACACGAGGGGGAUCAAGCUGCCACCGAAUGGAUCAUAUAGCAUUCUGAACGCACCAACUGACAUCCAUGCCCGCUAUCGAAGACUACUCGCUCACGCUUUCUCUGAGAAGGGCUUGAAAGACCAGCAACCAAGAAUCCAAGAGUAUGUGGAGCUUCUCGUCGACCGCCUUGAAGAGAAAGCACAGAGCGGCGAGGCGACCGAUAUCGUGGACUGGUAUACCAACACAGUCUUUGACGUGAUCGGAGAUCUAGCCUUCGGGGAGUCUUUCAACGGGUUACUACACCGUAAGGUGCAUGAAUGGAUUCCAGCCAUCCUGGACAGUGUCAAGUACACAUUCCAAGCUAGCAUAGUAUCUCGUCAUCACCUCAAAUGGGCAGAAAAGUACCUCGUCGACACAUCCGUCGUCCAAGGCCGCAUGAAGAACUACCGCCUGGCAGCUCAUAAGGUUCACAAACGUGCCGCUCUCGGAGGCGAACGGGGUGAUUUCUGGGAUAGAGUCUUGAUCAAAUCGAAAGAUGAUAACAAAGCCGGCGACGGCAUGACCCAAGACGAAAUGGUCAACAACGCCGCCGUCCUCAUCCUCGGCGGCGCCGAAACCUCCGCCACAACCCUCUCCGGCACAACCUACCUCCUCCUCACCCAUCCCGCCAUCUACCGCAAACUCACCCAAGAAAUCCGCUCAACCUUUUCCUCCAGCGACGAGAUCGAUGUCUACAGCGUCACGAAACUCCCCUACAUGCUCGCCACCUUGGAUGAAGCAAUGCGGAUAUACCCACCCGUCCCCGACAGCGCCUCUCGUAUCCCUCCCGUAGGUGGAGGAACCGUUCUGGGCAAAUAUUUACCUGAAGGAACAACGAUCCAUAUCCCGCAACUAGCGACGAAUCAUAGCGAGAGCAAUUUCGCGAGGGCUGAUGAGUUUUGCCCGGAGAGAUGGUUACAUGACUCGGAAAGGCCGGAGGAGUUCAAGAGGGGUGAUAAAGCGGCGUUCCAGCCUUUUACAGUUGGGAAUAGAAAUUGCAUUGGGAGGAAUCUCGCUUAUGCGGAGAUGAGGUUGGUGCUGGCGAAGGUGCUGUAUAAUUUCGAUUUGGAAAUGGAUGGGAGGUCGAGGGGGAAGGAUUGGUUUGAGCAGAAGGCUUAUGGGGUUUGGCUUAAGGGGCCGUUGUAUGUGAGGGUGAAGCCGGUGGUGAGGGAGUAG